AAGAAAACUGAAAAAUUACUUUAAUUUUUUUACUAGCAAUGUGGUUGCUAUGGUGAUUUGCUUAUUUUGUUUAAAAAGUUUAAAUUUACACUUGCAUAUAGAAAGAGUUAAUUGUUUGCAACCUUUAUAAAAGUGUUUUUUUAAUACUUUAAUGUUUUAUGAAGAAGAAGUAAAGUGGAUUUAAAAGCUUUUAACAGUUGGAGAGAAUUGUAUUUUUCUAAAACAGAGUUCUGUUUUUGUGUUCAGAUACGUAAACCGAAUUUGAAUCGAACUUUUUUGUAAAUUAUUAAAACAUGUCUGGUUUUAACGUAGUAAAGGCGCAAUCCUCUAAGGAUGCAAAAGGCAAACAGAUCAAUGUUCGCGUCACCACAAUGGACGCCGAGUUGGAGUUUGCCAUCCAACCAAACACAACUGGCAAACAACUGUUCGAUCAAGUCGUAAAAACAAUUGGUCUACGAGAAAUCUGGUUCUUCGGACUUCAAUAUACAGAUACAAAGGAUUACUCGGCCUGGCUGAAACUGAAUAAAAAAGUUACUGCUCAGGAAAUUAAAAAAGAAACACCUAUGCAGUUUAAAUUUCGGGCUAAAUUCUUCCCUGAGGAUGUUUCUGCCGAAUUAAUUCAAGAGGUCACACAAAGAUUGUUUUUCUUACAAGUCAAAGAUGGUGUACUGACCGAAGAAAUUUACUGUCCACCAGAAACAUCAGUCCUCUUGUCAUCGUAUGCCGUUCAAGUGAAAUAUGGCGACUUCAAAUCUGAUGUACAUAAGAAAGGAUACUUAGCCAACGAUCGCUUACUACCAGAUCGAGUUCUUAAACAGCAUCAAAUGUCUAAAGAACAGUGGGAAGAAAGGAUAAUGUCUUGGUGGGGUGAACACAAGGAUAUGCCAAGAGAAGACGCGAUGAUGGAGUAUUUGAAAAUCGCACAAGAUUUAGAAAUGUACGGUGUCAAUUAUUUCGAUAUCAAAAACAAACGUGGAACAGAUUUGUAUCUCGGGGUCGAUGCAUUGGGUUUAAAUAUCUAUGAACACGGGGACAAACUCACACCGAAAAUUGGUUUCCCAUGGAGUGAAAUCCGAAAUAUUUCCUUUAACGACAAAAAGUUCGUCAUCAAACCCAUCGAUAGAAAAGCACCGGAUUUCCUGUUCUACGUUCCUCGUCUACGCAUUAAUAAGCGAAUUCUUUCCUUAUGUAUGGGUAAUCAUGAGUUAUACAUGCGACGAAGAAAACCAGACACCAUCGAAGUCCAGCAGAUGAAGGCUCAAGCUCGUGAAGAGAAACAGUCGAAGCAACAAGAAAGACAGCAACUUGCCAAAGAAAAACAAGCGCGUGCUGAUGCCGAAAAGGAGAAAAUUGAAUUGGAAGAGCGCUUAAGAAAAUUUGAAGAAGAAGCUCGUCUGGCACAAGAAGCAUUAGAUAAAUCUAAGAGGGAAGCCGAGAAAUUGGAAGAACAGAGGCAAAAGGCUAAAGAAGAAGCUGAAGAAAUGCAUCGCUUGAAAGAGCAAGCUGAGGCCGAACAAAAACGUCUUGAAGAAGAAGCUGCUCAUGAACGUAUGGAAAAAGCUGAAUUUGAAGCUCUUGCUGCAGCAGCUGCGGAGGAGAGUGCACGGCGUGCCGCAGAAGCGGAAGAGAAGCAGCGUGAAGCUGACCGCCUUCAUCAAGAACUGGUGGAGUCUCAACAAAGAGAGGAGGAGCAAAAACAGGAAUUGUUAAAGAUAAUUGCUACGCCCCCCGCUGCUAUGAUUCAUACCGAUGAACAGGAAUCAGAAAGCACCCAACAUGCUGCCGAUCUCGAGGACACCUCAGUUGACCAAAGAGAACUUAAUUACACAUCUGAACAAGACAAGAAUGAGAGAUUAAGGCUGCAACUGAAGGCGCUUGGUAGCGAACUGAAUCAAGCCCGAGAUGAAACCCAGCUGACUAGAGAGGACGUAUUACACGAAGGAAAUUUAAAAGAAGGUCGUGACAAAUACAAGACCUUGAAACAGAUCCGACAAGGAAACACGAAACAACGUAUUGACGAAUUUGAAGCAUUGUAAAUGUCUGGUGUGGACAAAGGAAUAGUAUAUUUUAAACUGACAAUAAUACAUAAAAAAGGAACGUACAUUAUAAAAAAAUAGUUGAUAGUUUUUCUAUGGAAAGGAAUGCAUUUUUUAGUAACUCUUUCGAUCUAAUAAAGUAUUGUAGGAUGUUGUUUUUAAAGUGUGAUUGCUUUGACAUUUCCAUCCUUCAUGUUUUGCGCAGUAAAAGUCAGUAUAAGUAUUCCUUCAUAGUUAUAUAUAUUUAAUAUUUUGUUUUUCUUUCUCUUUACUUUAUUACAUUCUUCUGUUUUUGUCACAGCGUAACUGUUUCUUAUUAAACAUGGCGAAGACUAUGUUUCCGAUUCGUAUGUUCUGUUUUUUUGUGCUGUUGUGUCAUCGCGUGUCGUAUAAAAAACGUUUUGCCAGUUUUUCCUAGAGUAUUUAUUUUAUGAAAGUAGAGAGUUUUAGUUUUUUUCUUCUUCGCAAUUCCUCAAAAUCAUGCUUGACGCUUAAAAUGAAAAUUAUUGAAUUAUUUGAACCUACUCUGAUUUGUAAUAAAGGUUUUUUCAAAAGAAUUUUUCAGAUUAUAUUUUCAUUGACGAU